AUGGCCCACUGGUUCCAUCGUAAUCCUAUGAAGCCGACCAGUUUUGUGAAGUUUGACCUAAAAGGAAUCCUCACAUCCGAUGCUUCUGGGAAGAUUUGCAGUGAGCUACGGCUCCGUCGGGAGAAACUUUUGGAGCUCUUCAGAAACGCUGCGAACUCUCUCGUAGAAGUUGACAGGGAAUUCAAUGGUUAUCUUCGUCUUUUCGCUGGGUUUCUUAUCGAAUUGAACACACCUUCUAUGGGAUCCUUGACGGCAACGAGUAAACUUUCACCAGUGCAGCGGUAUCAGUGGGGGCACUCCAUGCUUGGUACUUUUUCUACGGAAAUGUCGGACUCAUGGUUUGAGGCACUGAACUUGAUAGAGUGCAUGGCAAUGUGGUUAUCUAAACAUGCGGCGUGGGUUGCUGGAAAGGAUGAGGUGAGGGAGUUUGAAGCAAAGGAAUGCCUGUUGUGUUUGCGACGUUCUGCUGGAAUGUUUGCUGAUGUCAAAUCAUCUUCAGGUCGCCUAUCGGGUACAAAUGAUUUCGAAGGAUCAGAUUUUGAUCCCAAUGUAGCAAAAACUUAUGAGUUACAGGCGAUAGCUGAGUCGCAGGAAGUGGUUGUUGCGAGGGCUAUUGAGAUGAAACACAAUCCCCUUUUGAUUUCAUCUCUAGCUGCACACACUGCUAGUCUCUUUGCCAGAGCUGGUUCGUGUACUCCUAUUGAGACCUUUGGAAAGUGGAGACGUUAUCUUCAACUAAAGGAGCAUUUCUAUUACGCGUACGCUUACGCUUUCCUUGGUGAAUCAUUAUUAAAGGAGGAUAAAUGUGGAGAAGCUGUAAGAGCAUGUAAGGAAGGUGUUGCGGAGUUCGAAAUCGCAUCUAGUUUCGCAUCCAAAUAUGGAACAGCACCCGGACCAGGCACCCGAGUAAAACCUGAAGACCACUUGUUUUUCCGGAACAUUAAACCUCUUCUGAUUCGUCACCUUGAGAAGGCGGAGCGAGAAAAUGGCUUCAUAUACCACCAACUAGUGCCUGACGAAUGUCCAAAGUUGGAUGUGGAUCCAAACUAUGGUGUUGCGAAACCUGAACCUUUUCAAUAUCCUUCGCCUUCAGAAUGUUGGACUCCUUCUGUUUACAAAUCGUUUGAUAUCUCGAAAGCCACCAUGCCAGAUUUUUCUAAGAUCAAGAAAGGGAAGAAGGAACUGAAACCAGUGAACGAGGAGAAGAUCUACCAAACGGAAAGAGAUCCAAGUAAUUUUAGUGGAUGUGUCAUUUCCUGA